AUGAAGUGUAACCAUCCUCAGUUACUUAUGUUACUUAAACCUAUUAACCAUGGUUUAACACUUGGUUAUUUAAAUAUAUCUGAAAGAGGAGAUCAGACUGGAGGCUCAGGUCUGGGGAUAGCAGGAAUUAUUGAUAAGGAAUAUUCAGAUAUAGCUUCAUUUAUUGAAAAUAUACUCGAAUCAAAUGACGUCGAAAUUUUUAAGAAGCUUCAAGUAAAACAGUUACUCUUUGGUUAUAAAAUAGACUUUUUGGAAGAACUUGCUGAAAUUGAUGAUGCUGUCUAUAAGUAUUUACCAGAUGCUACAUUUGGUCUGUUUUAUAAGAAAAAUAAUAGUGUUGUUAAAAACAUUGUAAUGAAUACAGGAAUCAAAGAUAAAAAAGCAUUUGGUUUGAUUCAGUCAAUAGACAAUAAAACAAAAUUGGAUAUCUGGCCACAUGAAUAUUGUAACAUGAUAAAUGGAUCAGAUGGCAUUGGCCAUCCUCAACCAAUAAAUGAAGAUGUAAAGUUAAAAUUCUUUGUUCCUCUAUUACAAAGAUCAUUUACUCUAGAUUAUGUGCGUGAUACAGAGAUUGAAGGCAUUCCCACAAUGGAAUUCACUGUUCCUUCAGAUACUUUCAAUACCCAAAGUACAUCCUCUGAACAAAAAUGUUUUUGUGAUAUUAAAAAAUGGUGUGAUGGUAAAGGAGUCUUUUCAUAUAAAUUAAUAGAUGCUGUAUCAGUUCUUGUAUCCAGACCUUACUUUGUUGGAGCAGAUUCAAAGUUUCGUAUUUUUAAGGAAUUUGACCAAGAUGAAGAUAAAUAUAAAAUACAUUUUCAGAUACAACCUGUAAGUCAUGUUAAUUUAGAAAUGAAUCAGAUAUGUUUUUAUAAUUUCAUUAAAUUAUUAUUGAAAUAUUAGAUAAAUACAUUUGAUUCAGUAUUCAUUGUAUGAAGAAUACAGUGGA